AUGCAGCAGCAAGAUAAUAUUCAAAUCGAUGAUCACCAUCAAAAGGGCUUGAACAAUAACAUGUCUUCAUCAACAUCAUCACCAGCUACUCGGAUAAUGGAGAAACCAGGCCAAGAGCAGCUCCAACUACAGCAACAAGCCCUCAAGUGUCCACGCUGCGAUUCGUCAAACACCAAGUUCUGCUACUAUAACAACUACAGCUUGUCUCAGCCAAGGCAUUUCUGCAAGGCCUGCAAGCGCUACUGGACCAGAGGGGGGACUCUCAGGAACGUUCCGGUCGGCGGUGGGUGUAGAAAGAACAAGCGUGUGAAGAGGCCUGGCUCAUCAUCGUCGUCAGCCAUGGAUGGAGCUUCUUCUUCUUCUUCUUCAGUUCCAAGCAACACUGCUAACAAUAAUAAUUGUAAUUCAAACCCUCCUUCACAACCAUCCCAGAUAGAUCAGAUCAACCCACUGUUUUAUGGGGUGCCUAGUAACCCUUUUAUGGACAGUCCAAGUUCCGCUUCUGGGUUUGAUCUUCAUCAGUUGAAUCAUCAUCAUGCUCAGCUGGGGUUAGGGUUUUCAUCAGCAGGUACUUUCAUGUCUGGUGAUAAUUAUCGAAACAGGUUUAAUCCCACAUCGAAUUCAUCACUUCCUUCUUCCAAUUAUAGCUCCAUUUUUAGUACUUGUCCAUCUACUACCACCGCCACUCCAACUAUGGCUUCUGUGCUUGCUUCUAAGUUCCUCAAUGGGGGUAGUUUUAAAGAUAUUCAAGCUAGAGGGCCUAGUCAUAACCAGUAUUUCCAGUCCUUACUACCCUUUGAAGACCUUCAUAUAGCAGCCGGCAAUACCGGUGAGGCUGGUGGUGCCGCAAAAGAUGUGAAAGUUGAAGAUCAGGCUGGGCAGAACAGGUUGGAGUGGAAUAAUAAUAGCAACAACAAUAAUGUGAAUGGUAAUAUGAAUUGCCAGAAUCAGAUGACAGAGCAAAUGGGGCUCUCGGAUCCCAGUCUCUACUGGAGCUCAACGACUCUUGGUGCUAAUUGGCAUGAUCCAUCAAAUCUUGGGUCCUCAGUCUCUUCUCUGAUCUAG